AUGAGAUAUGUUAUUGAUGUAUACUUGUAUGAUACUAAAUCAAAAGAUCAGAAAAAAUUGGCUGCAUAUAAAUAUGAACGAGAAUUAAAAUUUUCAGACGAUUUGAAAAACGAAGAUAACGAAUUGCAAAUAAUAAAUGAAAAAGAUCAGGGAUUGCUUAAUGCUGAAUUUCGCAAAAUUAGAAAGUUGAUUGACAAACAUUUGUUAGGUAAACCAGAUAUUGAGGAAAUAUUCGAUGCAUACAAUUAUCUUCAAAAUAAUGAUUUUUCAGAAGAUAUGGAUGAAGAUAAGAAAUUACUUAACAAUGUAUUUCAACAAAUUAGUUAUGUGAUUUUUCGUCACCUAUUAGAUAUACCAGAAGAUGAAGAAAUAUUCAAUAAAUAUAAGGAAAAUGUUCAAAUAUCGAGUUUUUCAACUAAUAUGAACAAUGGUGAUAAGAAGUUGCUUGUAGAUGAAUUUGAUAGAAUUAAACAUAUAAUUAAUAGUCACCUGUUUAAUGGACGAAAAACUCUAGAAGUAUUUGAAAAAUAUAUAGAAGAACGAGAAUUAAAGUUUCAAAUAAUAUGA